GGGAAACCUCAGUGGCUCGCCGGACACUGGAGCGGGAGGUUGUACGCGCUGAAGCUCCCAUACCACAGUGCAUAUCAUACCCUUUAACCCCUGGGGCUUAUCGGACACAGGGACGAGCGUAACCUGACCUCCGUGAAGACCGCGAGGAGGCAAGGGGCGGCGUGUGGCGGCCAGGAACCUCUCAAAACACGGAUACAUAAGAUAAUUUAAGAGGAUGAGGAUGAACGGGGCUGUCCUAGCGGCGGUUGUCGGGCCGCUGUUGCUGUUGUUGUCGUUGAUGUCCGUGGUGUUUGGACAGUCGGCCCAGACAGAGGCAGGGGCAGGAGGCCAGUGUGUGUGGUACGGGCAAUGCGGCGCCAACCCUGCCACCGGUGCCCAGGCCAACUGCCCAUACAACGGGCCGCCCAAAGAGCUGGACCCUACCUCCACCGACACCCUGGCAGCCACUUGUCCAGAGCUAAUGCAGGAGCUGGGGCCGGCCAACAGCACCGCCCCUCUCCUGACCUGCUGUAACGGAGACCAGGUCACUACCAUGGCGUCCCAGCUGGCCUUGGGCGCGGCGUUCCUCAAGAGGUGCCCAACGUGUGUCCGCAACUUCAGGCUCUCCUUCUGCUUCAUGACCUGCAGCCCCGCGCAACACGAGUACCUGGCGGCGACCAAGACCGAGAUUGCCGAGGACACGAACAAAACCGUGAUCACCAGAGUCGCGAUGCACAUGACUCACCAAUUUGCGGAGGGUGUCUACUCUUCCUGCCGUGAUGUCCAGCUGCCCGCCUCCAACGACAAGGCAAUCUCCGCCCUCUGUGGCUCCUGGGGGACGCUCUACUGCAACGGGGAGAGGCUCUUCGACUCCAUGGGGGCCAGUCCCUUCGCGCCAUUCAGGGUCGAUUAUGUCUACGCCGAGCAGAGUGGGUCCAAGUUCACACCGUUUGAUAAGGAGAUUUUGCCGUGUGACCAGCCUGUGACGAACACCAGUCAGUCCUGCAGCUGCCUGGAUUGCAAGCCGUCGUGCCCCCGCCCCGCCCCGCUGCCCCCGCCCCCGUCACCGUUCCUCGUCCUGGGCGUGGACGGCAUGGCUGUGGUGAUGGCCAUCAUCUUCCUCUUCCUCUCCUCCACCUUCCUCACCGUCUACCUCUGCCUCACGCUGCGCACUCGCUCCAUCGACAUCACGGGUGAGAGUGAGGGCAGCCGGUCUUGGGGUGAGGAGCCGGGGUAUCUGGAGCGCGCUGGUUCUUGGCUCGACAACGCCCUCGAGAGAUUCUUCACCACCUGGGGCACAACCUGCGCCCGAUAUCCUUGGGUCAUCCUAUUCCUGGGUGCCGUGGUGACCUGCGGCCUGUCCUGCGGGAUCCUGUACCUCCAAGUGACCACCGACCCCGUCAAGCUCUGGGCCGCGCCGAGGUCAAGGUCGCGCGUUGAGAAGGAGUACUUCGACACGACCUUUGUGCCUUUUUACCGAACAGAGAUGUUGAUUAUCCGUCCUGUUGGGGUGGAUAAGGUGGCUCACGAGACUCCCAACGGCAUGGAGUUUUGGGGCCCGGUGUUCAACAAGACUUUCCUGAAGGAGGUCCUGAAACUACAGAACUACAUAUCCGAUGAGCUCUCAGGCACAGCGUCGGGUCAACAAGUCUUCCUCAGUGACAUCUGCUACAAGCCUCUCUCCCCCGACAACGACAAUUGCACCAUUCAAAGCGUCCUCAACUACUUCCAAAAUGACGCUGGGAACCUUGACCUCAAUGGCACGGACGCUGAGUUCAACCUGCCCGUCAACUACCUCAACCACCUCGACAGCUGCUUUAGGAACCCACUCUCACCCCUGGACAAGGACAUCCCCAUCCCGUGUCUCGGCUCAUACGGCGGCCCGGUCUUCCCCUACACGGCCCUCGGAGGCUUUCUCAACGGGUCACAAGUCCUCGGCCCUGACCCUCUCUACAAGAACGCCACGGCCCUCGUUAUUGCCUUCGUGGUGAAUAACAACUAUAAGGAGGAGGAUACAGAGAAGGCCUUGGCAUGGGAGAAGGAGUUCCUGGCGUACAUGAAGAACUUUUCCCACCCGCUGAUGGACGUGGCGUUCUCGGCCGAGCGCGCCGUGAACGAUGAGCUGAUGAGGGAGAGCAAGGGGGAUGUGUACACCGUGCUCAUCUCCUACUGCGUCAUGUUCGCGUACAUAGCCCUCGCCCUCGGAGACUUCACCAGCUGCCGUCGUCUCCUGGUGGACUCCAAGAUCACGCUGGGGCUGGCUGGCGUGCUCAUCGUGUUGAUCUCCGUCUCGUCGUCCGUGGGAGUGUUUGGCUACGUGGGGGUCCCAGCCACACUCAUCAUCAUUGAGGUCAUCCCCUUCCUGGUGCUGGCGGUGGGCGUGGACAACAUGUUCAUCCUCGUCCAGACGUAUCCCAGCCUUGAGCAGCUUGACCCCGACCGAGGCCAGCUGACCAUUGGGCGGGUGGUGGGCCAAGUCGCACCAACCAUCCUGCUGGCGUCCGCGUCUGAGGCGGCCUGCUUCUUCCUGGGGGGUCUCUCCGGCAUGCCAGCGGUCCAUGCCUUCGCCCUGUACGCCGGCCUGGCACUCACCAUCGACUUCGUACUACAGGUCACUUGUUUCGUGGCACUGAUGGCACUCGACGCUCGGAGGCAGGAGGAGGGGCGGUGGGAGGUGCUGUGCUGCGUGAAGGGCGACGACAAGGACACGGUGGUCAAGGAAGGGCUGCUCCAGGAGGUGGUUCGCCGCGCCUACGCUCCCGCCCUGCUGUCCCAGUGGGUGCGGCCGGCGGUGGUGGUGGUGUUCGCCGCGUGGCUGUGCUCCAGUGUGGCGGUGCUGCCCAAGAUCACCGUAGGGCUUGACCAGCAGCUGUCCAUGCCCGACGACUCCUACCUCCAGAAAUACUUCCUCUACCUCGGGGAGUACCUCAGUGUGGGGCCGCCCGUAUACUUCGUGCUGCGCGGAGCGGUCGACUACACCAACGUGACGCAGCAGAACAAGGUGUGCGGCACGGUGGACUGCGAUACCGACAGCCUGGCCACACAGAUCUACAUGGCCUCCCUUCUUGCUAACAGGACCUUCAUCGCCCAGCCGGCUUCCUCCUGGCUGGAUGACUACAUGGAUUGGUCGCUCUACAACCUGGACUCCUUCAACACACCCUGCUGCCGCGUCAAGGCCGAUAAUGUGACCUUCUGCCCCUCCACCGACACCAACAGCACCUGCCACCCCUGCGACGUCAAGAAACUGCCGGAUGGACAGCGGCCAGACCCGUCGUCCUUCCUCCAGUACCUUGAUUUCUUCCUGGAGGACAUCCCCUCGACCACCUGCCCCAAGGGUGGACAUGCUGCGUACGGCCAGGCCCUGAAGCUGACCCGAGGUGCCAAGAACCAGACAACGGGCGUGGCGGCCAGCUACUUCAUGACAUAUCACACCAUCCUCAAGACCUCCAAGGAUUACUACGAGGCGCUGUGCUGGGCUCGGACCGUCGCCGCUAACAUUACUGACACCAUCAACCACGGCCUGGACACACCCAAGUACCAGGUCUUCCCCUACAGUGUGUUCUACGUCUUCUACGAGCAGUACCUCACCAUGUGGUGCGAUGUGCUGACGUCGCUGGGCAUCUCGCUGGCCACGGUGUUCCUGGUGAGCGUGGUGCUGUCAGGGCUUGACGUGGCUUCCUCCCUGGUGGUGCUGGCGGUGAUCCUCAUGAUUCUGAUCAACCUGGGCGGCCUCAUGUACUGGUGGGGGGUGACGCUCAACGCUGUCUCGCUGGUGAACCUGGUGAUGGCUGUCGGCAUAUCGGUGGAGUUCUGCAGCCACAUCACACACGCCUUCUCCCUUUCCCUGGAGGAGACGAGACUGCUGAGAGCCAAGGAUGCACUCAUCAACAUGGGAAGCUCGGUCCUGUCGGGCAUCACGCUCACCAAGUUUGGCGGCAUCGUGGUCCUGGCGUUCGCUAAGUCCAAGAUCUUCAAAGUCUUCUACUUCAGGAUGUAUCUGGGCAUUGUGUUGUUCGGCGCCGCACACGGGCUCAUCCUGCUGCCUGUCCUCCUGAGCUUUGUUGGCCCGAGGUCCAAUCGUUGCCGUGCCUUGAAGCAGCAGUGGAGUCACCUCGCCGAAAGUUUCCACGGCUCGAUGUCUCUGGAGGAUGAGGUGCCGGAUGACCCCCAGGCAGCCAACCCUCAGUCACCCCUCGACACACAGCACAUCCACCCCCAGAUCCACGCUUCAUACGGAGCAGUGGACAACCCGGGGGUAGUGCUGGCGUGAGGGUGUGUGUGUGUGUGAAAGUGUGUUAGGAGGGGCAGUGAUAUGUGUGGGUGUGUGAGGUGGGGGAGGCUGUGGUUGUGAGUGUGUGUGUGUGUGUGUGUGCGUAGGAGAGAGAGAGAGAGAGUGAGUGUAAGAGCCAUAAUUUCAGCCACUCUUACACUGUGCCUUGUCAGAAUCUCAAAAAAACAAGUUAAAAAAGAUCAGAGCAUUCACCUGUUAUGUGUGUGUGUGUGUGUGUGUGUGUGUGUGUGUGUGAAGCCCCUUACUCAGGUAUUUACAGUUUUAUAUAAGGAAGCAGCAGUUUCCUUGCGAGUGUGUGUUUGUUGUUUCUCUUUGUCUACGAAACGUCGCACAUACUCAUGUCAAAGUCAAUUUCCUGCAAGAGUCGACCCCCAAGGCUGUGCUGUUCCAUGUAGAUAUUGUACCCCCAAGAGCAGUAGCGGUAGUGGGUCCAAAUGUAUUACUGUUAUUAUUAUUGUAAGUAGUGAUAGUAUCUGUAGUAGUAGUAGUGGUAGUGAGCCCCUAGAAUAGUAUAUAUCAUCCCUGUUAAGGUCGGCCUUCCUGAAGCGUUUUCAAGCCUUCAGCCUUGGCACGAGUAUUUGCGACAAGUUCUCUAAUUAUUGUUCUAUGUAUUUUGUGUGUUGUUCCCCGGCCUGUUACGGAGACUCGGUUGUCCCGCGUCAGUACCGUUGUGUUGGCCUUGUUAUGAUGGCUUGCAGCAGUUAAUAAAGAGUUCCAUGACUUGU